AUGGCUGCUGCUUUACGUGAAUUUGACGUAAAAAAACCUUCGCAGUGGACCUUUUACGAGGAGCAAUUGGCAUUUUACUUUGAAGCGAAUGAAAUCACGGAUGCGGCAAAAAAGAGGGCGAAAUUCCUAUCUGCGUGCGGAACGCCUGCCUACGAAUUGAUUCGUUCUUUGUGUGCACCAUCAAAGCCUAAUGAAAAAACAUUUGAUGAAAUCAUUCAACUACUCAAUAAUCAUUUUACACCUUCUAAACCAUCCGAAAUUGUGCAACGCUACAUUUUCCAUAAAAGGGAUCAACUCGAAGGGGAGGAUGUUGCUAUGUACGUAGCAGCAUAUUACGAAAAAUCGCGGAAACGUGCAACUUCGCAGAUCAGCUGGAUACCAUGCUACGAGACAGCUGACUUGACAUUGAAGACCGCUUUGAAUCAUGCAGUUGCAGCGGAGAUGACUGCAAAAAAUGUUGUGGAGCUACGGAGCUGUACAACAGCCACAGACAACUCCGUUAAUAAAGCAGCUGCGACCGCUGCGGGAAGCUCCAAAUUCAAGAUACGCACUACAACCUCUAAGGUACCAAAUACGGUCAAAGGGGAAAUGCGUUGCUACCGUUGUGGUGAUGGAUCACACAAUGCAAAUACAUGUAAGUACACAAAUUCAACAUGUAACUUUUGUCACAAGAAAGGGCAUUUGGAGCGAGUGUGUUUAAAGAAAAAACGAGGCGGUACAACAAAUCAAGUCCAAGCUAGUAACUACGUCGACGACCCUUCAGCUUCACCCAAUGUUACGGUGGACCACUUUGAGGAACACAUUUUCCAAUGCCAAUCGGAAAAGUCUGCGCAAGCAUAUUUGGUUGAAGUGGAGAUCAACGGUCAAAAGUGUCCAAUGGAAAUAGAUUCCGGUGCAAGCAAUACAAUAAUGUCAUAUGCGACCUUCAAACGAUUGUGGCCUGAAAGCAGACCAAAACUCCAAGAGUGUAAUAAAAUGUUUCGGGAUUUUCAACGAAACGUAAUCCAUACUGCUGGUAUCUGCGACGUAUCUGUAAGGCUGAAGAAUAACAGCGCAAUUUUACCAUUGGUGGUUACCUACGGGACUGCUGCCAACUUGUUAGGUCGGAAUUGGUUUGAUAGGCUAGGCAUAACAUUACAAGGAAUACAUCAUGUCAAUGAUAAUGUUGUAGCAGUUGUGAACCGAUUCGCUGAUCUGUUUUCUCCUACGCUUGGCAGGUUUAAAGGAGCGCCAGUAAAACUUAACAUAAACAAAAAAUUCACACCUAUAUCAUUGAAGGCGAGGAAUGUACCAUUUGCAUUACGUCCGAAGGUGGAGGCAGAGCUCGAUAAACUGUGUAAGCAGGGAAUAUUGGAGCCUAUACAAUUUUCACGUUGGACUACACCAAUCGUGUGCGUCGUAAAAUCUUCGGGUGAGUUACGUAUUUGUGGUGAUUACAAGUGCACGCUAAAUAAAGCAUUACUGUCCUACACAUAUCCAGUUCCAUCUGUAAAUGAAAUACUAAGCAAUCUACAGAGUGCUAAAUAUUUUGCCAAGCUUGAUAUGGCUCAAGCGUUUCAACAGUUGCCUGUCGACCCCGAGUCCGCGGAACUACAAACUAUUAUCACUCACAAGGGGUGUUUCAAAGUGAAUCGUCUGCAAUUCGGUUUGACUGUUGCGCCACAAAUAUAA